AUGGGUGUCGACGACCGAACUGGAGAUAUCGAGCUGUCAACCGUGGCCAUCCAGCCAGAUGACAACCAAUCUCAAGACCUCGAGGACUCAAACGUUUUCGGUAGAGCCGAAGAUGGCGAAGUCUUCUCUCUGCCACCGGCAGAUGGCGGGAAGGAUGCAUGGCUCUUCCUUGCCAGUUGUGUUAUCUUUGAAGCAAUCUCUUGGGGUAAGUCGAUUUUGCAAACCGUUGCAAAAUCCUCCAGCACGUGUUUUGACAUUGCAUUGAANGGAUUCCCGUUUAGCUUUGGUGUCUUUCAAUCGUACUACGAGCGGACAUUCGCAGAUAAUGAAUCUAGCAUUGCUGCGAUUGGAACUACUGCCACGGGUUUGAUGUACGUGUCGGCUCCGUUUUGGUUUAUCGUCUUGAAGAUGAACCCAAGAUUUCGUAGACCGAGUGUCUUUGUUGGGUUUGUCGUGAUGAUAGCAUCACUCGUUGGUGCAUCGUUCGCAACAUCGGUCAGCCAGCUCAUCGCAACCCAAGGUGUCAUGUACGCCAUCGGCGCCUCCAUGCACUACUAUCCGUUAUUCAUCUACCUCGAUGAGUGGUUUGUGCUAAGGCGUAACUUCGCUUUCGGAUGUAUCUGUGCAGCUUGCGGCGCCGGAGGUGUCAUCAUCCCCUUUGCUCUGGAUUGGGUCUUACGAACGUAUGGCUUCCGCACUGCGUUAAGGACAUGGGCUGUUGUUGCCGUAGUGCUCACCACACCUGCGAUUUACUUCAUGAAACCACGACUACCCGUACGCCACCACACCAACGUCGGACCACAACGAGUUGAGAUCGGCUACCUCAAGAGCAGAACAUUCUGGAUCUUACAGAGCGCCAGUAUUAUCCAAGGAUUAGGUUUCUUCUUGCCGAGUGUCUACUUGUCGUCUUUUGCACAAGCAGUCGGAUUCACAGCUGUCGACGGCACACUGGCAAUCGCUUUGAUCAACGGCGCUCAAAUCGUUGGAGCAAUGUUUAUCGGCUACCUCGGCGAUCGAUGCCACGUCACAACCGGAAUCUUGGUCUGUAGUGUCGGCAGCGUCAUUGCCGUCUUCGUUUUCUGGACUUUCGCUACCAUCAAACCAAUGCUAUUCGUCUUUGCCCUGCUGUAUGGCGUCUACGCAGGAGGGUACUCGACAACAUGGUCCGGUGUGGCCAAAACAGUUCGCGAGAAUGGUUAUCCGGGCGCUGACACUGGUAUGAUCAUCUCACUGCUUAGCUGUGGUAAGGGUAUUGGCGCAGUGGUCUCGGGUCCCAUGAGUGAGGCCAUUCUUGCAGCAGACAGUUUCCGGGCUAAUGCGCCAUAUGCUUUUGGAACUGGAUAUGGUUCGCUGCUUGUAAUGACAGGUGUGACCGCUUUUGUUGGCGGGUCUGCCUGGUAUGCGAAGCAGUUCAAAUUGAUUCACUAG